CUUGUCAGCCGCGUAUACUCUUCGGUAAUACGAACACGCAAAACAAGGGGGAGGUAUUAUCUUUUCUUACAUAUAUCUUUUUCUGGUCACUACCUGCACCCGCGCCGGACUCCGGGUAAAAACUAAAACUGACAUUUAAGAUAGCUAAGUAGCUACAAGGGUCCUAACGCUUCAUCAAAACCUACGUUUGUUAACUUUUCUUAUGUAUCUCAUCGAGUGUUCAACGCAAACUUUGUUGUAAGUCGAUUUCCUGAUUUACUACAAUUCCCACAAUUCACCUGACGUAACAUACGCACGUUCUAGAACCUUGACGGCUCCUCUAGCGCGACUUACUUUUUUUUUUUAAGAAUAGCACUAACGUUAGCUUUAACCCAGCCCACCAUUCAAGCAGUUCACAUCAGAGGGUCCUUUAAAGUGGGAGUUAUGUUUGCCUGCAGGUGGUAUUAAUAUUAACUUAGUAAGACUUGGGUAUGUAGAGUCUGUUGCUGUGCAAUAUUGGGAUUAUUCCAAAGGAAAACGAUGUGAGCUGGCGGAGACUAGCUAACGUUAAACAACAACAAAAACACGGAGGGGCAGGGCAGCUGCACAGGUCGGUCUGUAACGCUUCAACGUUAUAUGUCUGGUGUACUUAUUCAAAGUUGUUACACAGUGUAGUGAUGAAGCUGUUAUUAUGUAUUUGCGUGUCAAGUUAUAGUGAUAGCCAUUUUAUCCAUAACCUCAUACUAAGUGGUGUGUAGCUAGCUACAGUUUCAGACAGCUGUCCUCCUGUAAACAGAUUUAUAACUUGUGCGUCAUGUAGAUCGGAAUUUACCUAAAACAGAUUUGAUUGGUAUUAAUACUGAUCUUUCAGAUCAGAACCAAUUGUAGUUAUUUACUCGUGUGUCUCUAUAAAUCCUUUUACCGACUUUACCACCGUGCAUCACCCUACUCUCACAAGCAGUGGAUUGGGGGUUUCUGCCAGUCAUGUACUCGUUUUCAGGCCCCACAAGCAUUCCUGAAUUUGACCUCGGAUCUCCAAGUACGUCUGGCCACCUACAGAGAGCAACUCUCUCUAACAACAGCUGGGAGGCACGAUGCCUCAGGAAGCACAGGAGGAGAGUUGAUGAUGAGGGAUGCAGUGCUAAAAGGAGGAGGUUGAUGUAUGAAGCAGACGCAGACUUAUCAGAGAACUCAAACACGAGCACUCAUCAUGACUGGCCUACAACGAACAGCUGCCCUCCUCUGCCUGUGCAGCAAGACAACCCUACACUUCCACAGCCCUGCCCAGCAUCUCAGCCCCUGACUUUGGAGCAGCCCUCCUCUGCUCUGCCCCGGCCUGAGACAGAGAGCUCCUGCAUGGAGAUAGAAGCAGCUCAGAGGAAACUUCAAGAGAUUGAAGACAGAAUAACACUGGAGGAUGAUGAUGAAGAUGAAGAUUUGGAUGUAGAGCCAGCCCCAAGACGACCGGUGCUGGUGAUCUCUGACAGCUUGAAGGAAGGUCUACAGCGCGGUAUCAGUGAUAUCCUACCGCACACAGUAGCCCAGUCUGUGAGCCAUUCCUGCAUGGAGUUGGUGUUGUGGCGGCCACCAGACGAUCCCUUCUGUCGGAAGCGAAAGUGCUCAUUACAGAAACCGCGUAAACUACAGACAGUAACUCGGCAACCCCCAACUCCAUGUCCAUCUCCUACCCCUCACAGUCCCCUCAGCCCCUCCAGUCCGCCUGCAGACACACACUCUUCCCUGUACAGCUUUCCUGUGGCCCACAUCUCUGGAGAGGAGGACAUGGAAAUGUAAAGGUCCUUGAUGACUUGAAAAGCCAAAGUAAAAGACUUGAAAUAUAGUCGCACAAUAGACUAUAAAGGACUCCGAACCACUUGAAAUCGGUCAGUUUGGCAAGGAACGCUGGCUAUACAUGAAUAUUGUGCUGUUUUGAACAGUUUGUGCAACAUGUUUUGCUUUACAGUCACUCAAUUUAGUUUUUUGAGUAUAAUCCCAUGCAACUGUAUGUAUGAAGUUACAAUAACAAUGAUCUAAUUAAUCAUUUUAAUUUAUUUGAAUCUCAAGGAAAACUUGUCAUGAUCUCAAGAAAUUAUAAAGUUCUAUAGACGGCCUUAAAUAACCAUUUUUAUAUAGCUUACAGAAUUAACCUUUGCCCUUAGAAAUAAGAGAACUUGUACAUAAUUUUGCCAAAGCCCAGCCAACAACACUCUGAUGUGCUGUACAUGUGACUUUGUUAAACAUCAGUGUGCAGCACCUGAAUUUUGUACAGUUUUUAUGUUCAGCUUCUGGGCAUCGUUAACAGGACAUUAAAUGUUGUUCCUGUGUGUUCACAUUUGCUCACAGCACAACUUCCUGCUUACUGUUGUGGUAGAAAGAUUAUCUUCCUAUAUUGCUUAGCAAGUACGCCAUCUGUGAGAUUUGAGAAACUCUAAAAGAAAUCAUGCAAAUGCACCUUUUUAUGAUUGUAUUUUCAUAUAUACAUUACCAGAAUUGCAACCAGCCAUCGAGUGUUUUGACUUUUUAUGUUUCUUAAAUAAACGUCCAUGUUGAGAUGCUGCUUAGCAU